AUGCAGAAGGCCGUUGUCAUACGACAUUUUGUAAGUGAAGCACAGAAAUAUUUACCUAAAUCCAAUGACAUACAACUCACAUCAAAAUCUGUUCUAUCACUACAAUCAUAUGAAAAAGUUCGACAUCGUCUUUUUGUUGAGUCUCCUAAACAAGAUACAACUAGUUCUAUCUCCAAAAAUCAACCACUAAUAACACCUCGCAAAGCCAGGGAUGUUAUAAAACAAUUAUUUACUUCUCCUUCAUCAUCAUCAUCUAACAUUAACUUUAUAAUUAAUGAUAAAUCAAAUUAUCCAAUAAAUCAAUCAAAUCCUCGAAUAUAUAUAGUUAAACCAGCAGCAAAACAUUUUGAUUAUAUAUUAGAACCUGGAGAUGAUAUAUGUUCAACAGAUGAAUCAUUACUUUUAAUUGUUUAUGUUCAUUCAGCUAUAGAAAAUCGUCAUCGUCGAGAAUCAAUUCGUUCAACAUGGGGAUCACGUUCAAUAUUUGGAAAACACAUACGUGUUCUAUUUAUGCUUGGUUCAAGUCAUAAUAAAGAAUUAAUGAAACAAGCACAAUUUGAAUUUGAUACAUAUCGUGAUAUUGUUCAACAAACAUUUAUUGAUACAUAUAGAAAUUUAACAUAUAAAGGUAUAAUGGCACUUAAUUGGAUUUUACAUCAUUGUAAUCAAGUAUCAUAUAUAUUAAAAACCGAUGAUGAUAUGUUAAUAAAUAUGUUUUCUGUUCUAAAUCAUCUUUAUACUUUAACAUAUGUCUAUCCAACUGAAGCAUGGCAUUCUACGAUAGCUUGUCUUGUAUGGACACGAAUGCGUGUUACACGAGAUCCAUCAUCAAAAUGGUUUGUUUCAUCUGAUGAAUAUCCAUAUGAACAUUUUGAACCUUAUUGUUCGGGUUCUGCAUAUUUUAUAACUCAAGAUUUAAUUCGACCACUUUUUGAAGCAAUUCAACAUGUACCUUUCUUUUGGAUUGAUGAUUAUUAUAUUACUGGUAUUCUACCACAAGCAAUUCGAUCAUCUAUUUAUGUUAAGUAUUUAUUUAUUAAUUCUCUAUUUGUUAUUAAUAUUGAUCUAGUCGAACAACGUUUUCUUUCACCAUUUGGUCUUUCUUCACUUGCUUUUGGUCAUAUGCCAUUAUCAGUCAAUCGUCUUUUACAUGUUUGGCAACAUCUCGUGACAAAUAGUCAUUCAGCAUAUAAAUAUCUUAAUCGAACAUUUCACUAG